AUGCUUCGCAACAUUUCGUCCCACGCCCUGCGCGUCGCCGCUGCGGCCCCGUCCUCCGCCCUUCUGCGUGCUGCGGCUCCCUGCGCCGUCCGCAGCUACUCCAAUUCCAGUAGCCGCACCACCGAGGCCGCUGCUGCCCCGCUUCCGGAGAUUGUGCCCUUCGUUGAGCGCCCGAGCUUCCUGCGCACCAUCUACUCGCGCUCCGCGCUGAACACCUCCCAUGUGUUCCCCUACCCCUCUGAGGUGCCGGAGGAGGCGCGCGAGACCCUGAGCCUGAUGCUCGACCCGAUCGCGCGCUUCUUCGCCGAGGUCAACAACCCGGCCAAGAACGACGAGACCUCCUCCAUUCCCAAGGAGGUGAUGGAGGGCAUGGCCGAGCUUGGUCUCUACGGUAUCCAGGUCCCCACCGAGCAGGGUGGUGUCGGCCUGCCGAACCUCGGUUAUGCUCGCCUUGUCGAGUCCAUCGGCUUCAAGGGUAUCCUUCUGGCCGGAAACCAGGCCCAGAAGGACAAGUACCUGCCGGACCUGGCCUCUGGCAAGACUGUUGCCGCCUUCUGCCUGACUGAGCCCAGCGCCGGUUCCGAUGCCAACUCGGUCCGCUGCAAUGCCACCCUCUCCGAGGACGGCAAGCACUGGAUCCUGAACGGCGAGAAGAUCUGGAUUUCCAACGGUGGCCUGGCCGACGUGUUCACCGUCUUCGCGCAGACCCCUGUGGCCGACCCGACCACCGGCGCCACCAAGAACCGCGUCACCGCCUUCAUCGUGGAGCGCUCCUUCGGCGGCAUUACCCACGGCCCGCCCGAGCGCAAGAUGGGUAUCCGCUGCUCCAACACCACCACCCUGCGUUUCGACAACACCAAGAUCCCGGUCGAGAAUGUCCUCGGCCAGGUUGGUUCCGGCUUCAAGGUUGCCAUGGAGAUCCUGAACAACGGCCGCUUCGGCAUGGGCGCCGCGCUGACCGGCUGCAUGAAGCAGGUCAUUGCCAUUGCCACCGACCACGCCAACAACCGUACCCAGUUCGGCGAUCACAUCAAGAACUAUGGUCUCAUCCAGGAGAAGAUCGCCAUGAUGAACAUGCAGUGCUACGCCGCCGAGUCGGUGGCCUACCUCCUGGCGUCCAACAUGGAUCGCGGCAUCAAGGAUUACCAGCUGGAGGCUGCCGUGUCCAAGAUCUUCGCUUCCGAGGCCGCCUGGCAUGUCACCGAUGAGGCCAUCCAGAUCCUUGGUGGUCUGGGCUUCAUGCAGGACCUGCCCCUCGAGCGCAUCCUCCGUGACCUGCGCAUCUUCCGCAUCUUCGAGGGCACCAAUGACAUCCUGCGUCUGUUCAUCGCCCUGAACGGUGUCAAGUCCUCCUCGGAGACUCCUCUGGUGUCCAGCCUCAAGUCCGGCUCCAAGGCCCUCAAGGACCCGGCCUUCUACGGGCAGGCUCUCGGUGCGGCGGCCCGGCUGGUGCGCUUCGGCGUUGGCUACAACCCUGCCACCAGCGGCGGCCUGGCCCUGCAGUCGGAGGACCUGGCGGUGGACACCACCAAGUUCAAGGCCACCGACGUUCCCGUGGUCAGCCUCAAGGAGGAGGCCGACCUGGUCGAGGCCCAGGCCAUCCGUCUGGGUGAUGUGGCCGAGAUGCUGGUCCUUGGGUAUAAGAGCAAGAUCAUGAACAAGCAGCUGGAGCUCCGCCGCCUGGCCGAUGUCACCAUCAACAUCUAUGCCGCGGCGGCGGUGAUCUCCCGCGCGUCGGCCUCCGUCAAGGCGGUCAACCGCAACCCCGAGGCCUCGCUGUCCGACCUGACCCGCGUGUCGGAGGAGCUUCGCCUGGCUCGCGCCUUCCUGACCCAUGCCACCUCCACCAACGACACCAUCCUCCGUCAGCUGGAGCGCCCGAUGGCUUCCAUCCUCCUGUCUGGCCGCUCGACCACCUUCGACAGCGACAUCAAGCACAUCUCGGACCACUCCUGCCGCAAGGGCGGCUACUUCCCCACCCACCCGAUGGGUCUGUAA